GGAAGCAGCAUCAUCAAUUAAAGUAGUGAACCAAAAUAAAAAUUUUGUAAUGAGUAUUACAACACUAUCACAUUGAUGUAAAAUAUUGAUUAAUAAUAUACUGUAUCAAUCACUACUUAUGUUUAAAAGCAUAUAAUUGCUGUCAUCUCUUCCUUUUUCUCUGUCUUUACCUCUCUAAUUAUAUUGCCUUUUCAUUUCCUUAAUUAUUCAAAACUCCCCUAAUUAUUUCUUCCAAAAUAAAAAUAAAAAUAAAAUCAUUUUUUUCUUUAUCAUUUUCUAAUUCAUGGAAUUUGAACCUUCCUUAAGCUGGUAUGAUUUAAUUCAUGGCUUCUUCUUCUUCUUCUUAUCUUAUAAUUUCAUUAUUAUUGUAAUUUUAUUCUUGCUUAUUAAUAUAACUAUAUUGUUAGCAUAUAUACUACUUAUCAAAAGGAGGUAUUUCCAUUGUAAGUGUGAUAUAUGCUACAGUUAUGUAACUUCAAGUUGGUCUAAUAAUUUUUCAAAAAUAUGUGAUUGGUACGCUAAUCUCCUACAAAACUCACCCUCCAAAACAAUCCAUAUCCAUGUCCUAGACAACAUAAUCACCGCGAAUCCCUCCAACGUUGAGUACAUGUUAAAGACCAAUUUUAACAACUAUCCUAAAGGUAAACCCUUCUCCACAAUCUUGGGUGAUCUUCUAGGGCAUGGAAUCUUCAACGUUGAUGGCGAUGCAUGGAGGUUCCAAAGGAAGAUGGCUAGCCUCGAGCUCGAUAGGUGCUCGGUCCGGUCAUAUUCCUUCCAGGCGGUGAAGGAAGAGAUAGACAACCAACUCAUGCCCUACCUUUAUAGCAAAGUAGAGGGUCAAGUAGUAGACUUACAAGAAAUAUUCAGGGCAUUUUCACUAGGUACAAUCUCUAAGUUUUCCUUUGGGGUGAAAAUUGAACCAUUAUUACAACAACUUGUUGGUCCCUUCAAAGACUUCUCCACUUCAUUUGACCUAGCAACCAAGCUCUCAGCUGAAAGAGCACUCGAGGUGUGCUCAAUAGCUUGGAAGCUCAAAAGGUUCCUAGGAAUAGGAAAAGAGAAGAAGCUAAAAGACGCGGUCAAGGUUAUUGAUAUUGUAGCCAUGGAGGAGGUCAUUAAGCAAAGGCGAAAAAAACUAGGCACCUCUUUAAGCCAAGAAAAAGACCUCCUUUCAAGAUUUAUGGAAAGUGUGAAGGAUAAUGAUUGUUAUCUUAGGGACAUCAUUGUUAGUUUUUUGCUUGCAGGCCGAGACACGAUGGCCUCGACCUUAACAAGCUUUUUUUUGCUAAUAGCAAAACAUCCACAAGUUGAAACCAAUAUUUUAACUGAGGCAGAUAGAGUCCUUGGACAAGGGCAAGGAAUUGUCAUGUAUGAUCAAAUAGGUGAACUAACCUACCUACAAGCGGCUGUUUUCGAGAGUAUGAGGCUUUACCCUCCCGUUCAAUUUGACUCUAAAUUUGCUCUAAACAAUGAUGUUUUACCAGACAUGAUGAAUACUAAAGUCAUGAAAGGAACUAGGGUUACCUACCAUCCUUAUGCUAUGGGUAGGAUGGAAGUACUAUGGGGUAAAGAUUGUUUAGAGUUCAAGCCGGAAAGAUGGCUCGACGAAGAUAGGGUGUUCAUCCCACAAAAUCCAUACAAGUACCCGGUGUUUCAAGCCGGAAAUAGGGUUUGUUUAGGCAAAGAAAUGGCACUCAUGGAAAUCAAAUAUGUUGCACUAUCACUUCUAAGGGAUUUUCAUUUUGUGUUAGCAAACUCUUUCCCUAGUCAUGUUCCACGGUUCGCCCCCGGCCUUACGGCCACCUUUGAUGGUGGUUUGCCUGUCACAUUGUGCACAAGAAAAAAAUACAUCUCAUGUUUAGCUAAAUAGCAGAAAUUACUGGCUAUAUCUUAGAAGAAUAACGUUGUAUUUUUGUUUUUGGAAAAUUAAAAUAUUAAUGAUGUUUGAAUAAGAAUAUUUCAAAUAAUGCCA